CAUAAACCAGGAUCCAUAUUUGUCUGUUCUAUCCCACCGUCCGGUCGGCAACCAAGCUUCAGCUGACCGUUUCUGUCUCCUGUUUUCCCUUAAAUUCCACUGCCCCUAACCCAUUCACAACUCACUUCUCUCUCUCUCUCUCUACUUUCAAAACCAAAUUUCAACAGAUUUUAUGAAGAUUUGGAUUUGACUGUCUCCAUUUUUCAUGCUUUUAGCCUUCUCUCGUGUUCUAGAUUAAGGGGACGAUGAUUAGUGUGAUGAAUUAUGUGAAACCCCCCAUGAAUGAAGGGGAUAAAUGCUUGGAUUCUCAGUUAUGGCAUGCUUGUGCUGGUGGGAUGGUACAAAUGCCGCCAUUAAACUCCAAGGUUUUCUAUUUUCCUCAAGGCCAUGCUGAACAUGCUGCCUCUGGGAAUGUGAAUUUUGGGGAUUUCCCACGAAUCCCAUCUUUCAUUCUGUGUCGAGUUUCUGCCCUCAGAUUCAUGGCGGAUGCGGACACAGAUGAGGUUUAUGCUAAGAUUGGUCUUGUUCCCUUGAGAAAUCAGAAUGAUGAUGAUGAUGAUGAUAAUGGGAUUUUAGGGUUUGAUCAAAACAAGAAGAAGAAUGAAGAAAAUCCCACAUCUUUUGCAAAGACAUUGACUCAAUCAGAUGCUAACAAUGGUGGAGGAUUCUCUGUACCCAGGUACUGUGCUGAGACAAUAUUUCCCAGGUUGGAUUACACGGCUGAUCCACCGGUUCAGACCAUAUUGGCCAAGGACGUUCAUGGCCAGAUUUGGAAGUUUAGGCAUAUUUACAGAGGGACACCACGACGCCAUCUAUUGACCACUGGUUGGAGCAACUUUGUGAACCAUAAAAAGCUUGUGGCUGGGGAUUCUGUUGUGUUUCUUAGAGCCGAUAGUGGUGAACUCUGUAUUGGAAUUCGUAGGGCAAAAAGGGGUGUUCUUGAUUCCUCUCUAUAUGGUGGUGGGUUUUCUGGGGAGAGUUACAAGGUGUUGAGGAAUCCUAAAGGGAAAUAUAGUGUUGAAUCUGUGAUAGAAGCUGCAAAUCUAGCAGUAAAUGGUCAGCCAUUUGAGGUUUUUUACCACCCACGAGCAAGCACUCCAGAGUUUUGCGUAAGAGCUUCGAUUGUCAAGGCUGCAAUGAGGGUUCAAUGGUGUCCUGGGAUGAGGUUCAAGAUGGCUUUUGAGACAGAGGAUUCAUCACGAAUCAGCUGGUUCAUGGGCACCAUUUCUUCUCUUCAUGUCCAUGAUCAAAUCCAUUGGCCUAAUUCUCCAUGGAGGCUUCUCCAGGUAUCAUGGGAUGAACCUGAUUUGCUACAAAAUGUGAAGCGAGUAAGCCCAUGGUUGGUUGAAAUGGUGUCGAACAUACCUGCCAUUCAUCUUUCACCCUUUUCACCUCCAAGAAAGAAGCUCCGAAUCCCUCAACCUCCCGAUUUCCCCCUUUGUCAACUGCCAAUCACAUCCAAUAAUAUUCCCAUUCCCACUAGCAUCCAGGGAGCCAGGCAUAAUUCUCAAUUUGGAUCUGAUCAAUAUAACAAAACUCAGUCUUUCCCAUCUGGGAUCCUGAAUCAUGACCCUCUGAGAAGAUUCAUGGAAACAACGAAAGAAAACGUUUCUUGCUUGCUAACCAUAGGAAACAGCUGCUCGAAGAAGAACAAUGAUGACGAAGAAAAAGAUAAGAAAAAACCCAUGUUUGUGCUGUUUGGUCAGCCAAUCUUGACUGAACAACAGUUAUCAGAGAGCUGGUCCGGUGUCUCUGAUGGUUCAGUGGUCCUUGAAAAUGGUCCAGUUGAAACCUCAUCUGGUCCAUGGUUCAAAGAAGAAAAGUCCGAGUUUGGGCUGAGACUUGUUGACUUUUAGGUCAUAUGAAGAGAUUGUACAAAAGCUUUCUGAUGGUGCAGUAAAAGAAAUAUCAGAUGAAGCCUUCAGUGAAAAGCUAACAAAUAUCAAAUGGAAUCAGGCAGUAAUGAUAGUGUUAAAUAUGAAAUGGAAUCAGGCAGUAAUGAUAGUGUUAGCAGCAGGUAAUAAGAGCCUGAUACAGUUUCUUGUUUUGUUUGGUGGGAAAAGUCCCAUUCGACCGAUUUUGAGACAUUUUAGGUUGCAGAUUUGAUACUUUGUUCAUCUGUUUCAAAUGGGUUUCUGGUGAAUCAUUUGGGUUGCAAUGAAAUGGGUUUCUUGUGGAUUUGAGGAAGAAA